GACUCGCACACUCGACCCAUAUAGCAGCCCGUAACGUCAACAUCUCAAUUCCAACAGUCCUCGAUAAAAUCACAUAAUGGCAGAGCAUCCUUCAUUCACCCUCGCCGGCCUUCUAGCCGUAGGCGGAACAAUGGGCUACGUCAGGACUCGCUCAACGCCCUCUCUGGUCGCCGGUGUUGGGCUGGGUGUCUCUUAUGCGUAUGCAGGCUACCUCAUCAAGCAAAACCGCGACUACGGCACCGAGCUCGCUCUAGCCAACAGCACCGUCCUUCUCGGUUCGGCCGUCCCGCGUAUCGCCAAGACGGGCGGCCGGGCGCCCAUCCCGCUUGUUCUGGGCGCGUUGGGGCUGUUGUCGGGGGGUUACUAUGCCUAUAAAGUGAAGGAGUUUCGGUAUGGGGUCUAAGUGAGUCGCUAACUGAAUCAUGACUGUCUGGCUGUGUAAGAACGGUACUGGGGGUGUACGAUGGUGGAGGGAGAUAGUGGUCGGUGCAAAAGCCAUCCAGAAUGCGCAGCUUCACAUCUCAUGUACAUAUUUACUGAAGUUUUGUUGUGUACUAUUUGUUUUGAUCAUGACAAGAUAGCCAUUAUGAAUACACCCCUUCCCAGUCUGGUAAGGUCAUGAGACCAUUUACGAUGGAUUUUCGAAUGCAUGACCGGGGCUACAUUUGGGUACACUUAGUCUUCCUGGAAGCAGACAGUUACUAGCAAAUACCUUGCGAAAUGGUUCCUACAGACUAGCUCUAUUGGCUUAUUGAGAUGCAAGA